CCCACAACGCUUGUCGCGUGGAAAUUAUGAAUCCACAACUGACAUGGACGGUGGAAAGGGAUAUCUUUCUAUCAAGCUCUUCAGUUACACUCUGCGUGAUUAAUCAAGUUGUUUUUGGCAUUUAUCUUUUUUUGGUGAAACAUUAAUUUUAUUCUGUAAUUGAUGUGUAAGGUUUCCAUCUGCACUCGCACUGAAUGGCAGUUUCAUCAGGCGUGUUUCAGGAGAAGUGAUGUUUGGUGAUGUUUGAGCUGAGAUAGUCACAACCUUUCAACCUUUAUCAUUAGGUUGCAACUUCUAGUCAAGAAGUAGCUUAUAAGAGGACAUAAGAGGACAGAAAACUGGAAUUGGGAAGAAAACACAUGAAGUGAUUAGGCUACAUAUCUACAGCAACAGUCAGCUGUCACUCAGCCUCUUACCGAGCUGCGGGAGUUACUGCGGGAUAAGCAUUAACAGUGCUCCGUCUGGAGAUGGGAAGCCGGACUCCGGUAAUGUUAGCGGUGCUGCUGAUGGUGCUGCUUGUCCCUGAGACCUCGGAGGGCAGAAAGGCCCGCGGCGGCCGGACUCAGACUCGCCAGUCACAGCGGGAGCGAGCGGAGACGACGGAGAGCUUCCCGCUGGACUUCACCGCCGUGCAGGACGGCAACGUGGACACGUUCAUGGAGCAGGUGAAGAACCUGGCUCAGUCCCUCUACCCCUGCUCGGCUCAGAAGCUGGAGGAUGAGAUGAAGCUUCACUUUUUGGAGAACUCAUCAGUGACCUGCAACGACGGAACACCCGCCGGGUACUACAUAAAGGAGUCACGGGGAAGCAGAAGAUGGUUGCUGUUCCUGGAAGGUGGAUGGUACUGCUUCAACAAACAGAACUGUGAUACACGGUACGACACCAUGAGGAGGCUGAUGAGCUCUACCAGGUGGCCUCAGACACGCACAGGUACAGGGAUUCUGUCUCCUCAGCCAGAGGAAAAUCCACAUUGGUGGAAUGCAAACAUGGUAUUCAUCCCUUACUGCUCCAGUGACGUGUGGAGUGGAGCUUCACCAAAGACAGACCAAAAUGACUAUGCAUUCAUGGGAUCUCUGAUCAUUCAGGAGGUUGUGAAGGAACUCCUGACAAAAGGGCUGGAUAAUGCAAAAGUCCUCCUUCUAGCUGGGAGCAGUGCUGGAGGCACAGGUGUUCUGCUGAACGUGGACCGUGUGGCUGAGCUCCUGAAGAGUCUGGGGCACAGCUCGGUUCAGGUGCGAGGGCUGGCUGACUCAGGAUGGUUUCUGGACAACAAGCAGUACCGCUGCACGGAUUGUGUGGACACUAUCGGCUGUGCCCCAACCGAGGCAAUCAAAAGGGGAAUCAGGUACUGGGGCAGUGUUGUACCUGAGCGCUGCAGACUGGCUCACACAGGAGAGGAAUGGAACUGCUUCUUCGGCUAUAAAGUCUACCCUACCCUGAAAAGUCCUGUGUUUGUGGUGCAGUGGUUGUUCGACGAGGCUCAGCUGACAGUCGAUAACAUUCACCUCACGGGGCAGCCGGUGCAGCAAGGCCAGUGGCGUUAUAUCCAGAACCUGGGCAUUGAGCUCAGGAACACUCUCAAAGACGUCCCGGCCAUGUUUGCACCUGCCUGUUUAUCACACGAGAUUAUCACGAGAAAUUACUGGAUGGACGUGCAUGUGAAGGGCACAUCUCUGCCUCGUGCUCUGCAGUGCUGGGACCGCAGCCUCCAGAACAGCCUCCGUAACAACAGCAGUCAUCGCUCUCCACCUCGCGCAUGCCCGCUGCAUCUGAUCGACAGCUGCCCGUGGCCUCACUGCAACCCGACGUGCCCUACGAUCCGAGAUCAGAUGACUGGACAGGAAAUGAGUGUCAUCCAGUUCCUCACUCAUAUGGGCUUCGACGUGCAGCGCAUGGCACAGCAACAAGGCAUGGAGGCUAGCACGCUACUGGGCAUGCUCAAUAAUGGCAACUGAGCCAUGUACAGUGAUGCUGAAGGAAAACACACACACACGCACGCACACAUACACACACACACACACACAUUACCAGUUUAUGAGUUAAGCAGCAAAAUGGCAGUAUGAACUGAAGAGUCAGUUGUAAAUGAAAGAUAUUCGCAGUCCCUUUACAAGGAUGUGGAUUCAUUUUAAAGGAAGAUGCUGUUUUCAACCUUAAGCAUCUGUAGCGUAUGUGUGAUUACCAGACAAAAAAUUAGACGGUACUGAGAAAAGGACAAAAAAUAAACCCCGAAACCCACUUGUAGUUGAAGUCUAAGGACAGUUGCUGACAAUGUCAAAAAAUGUCUCAAAUACGCAAGUAUAUAACUCAAAAUCAAUACUCCAACUGUUACAUUCAAAUUACAAAAUAGAGAGAAAGUUUUACUAAAGCUGUUCCCACAAAAUAUCUCCCAACAUUGCAAACGAAGCUCUAAAUUUGUACAAUUUGUCCAAAGAAUUCACAGAAAGAUUCUACAAAAAUUGGCGGCAUGGUGGUGUAGCAGGUAGUGCAGCCGCCUCAUUAGGUUCCCUGGUUCGAUUUUGAGCUCAGGUUACUGUCUAUGUGGAGUUUUCAAUCUUCUCCCUGUGUGUCUGAGAGUUUUGUCUGGUUUAUCUUGUUUCCUCCCACCUCCCAAAACCAUGCUGCUAGGUACGUAGAUUAGCUAUGAUAAAUUGGCUCUAGGUGUGAAUGUGUGUGUGUGUGUAUGGUGCCAUGAGAUAGACCGACAUCCCAUCCAGGGUGUAUUCCCACAUUGUGCCCAAUGUUCCUGGAGUACAUCCCGGAUCUACUGCAACCCAGAUAUACUGAAAAUGAAAAACAGAGUGAAUAAUUGUUUGACUUCCAUUAUAAGUGAGUUUGAAUCAACAACUUUUCUCAGUACAGAAAAAUUCUUGUCUGUUGUAAUUACACAAACUGCGCUAUGGUUGAUAGUGAUCAGGUUGAGAAUGAUCUUUAUUCUUUUUCCUCUCUUUGUAUUUCUUUUCUGAGGAUAUACAGAGUCUGUUUUAACCGAGGAUGCAAAAUCCCCACUGAAACAUAUAUAAUAUAUAUUUGCAUAGCUAAAAUGUUUAAUGAUAAUGGGACGGGUAAUCCUCCAGCUCUCCAGACCUCACUGUUUCGAAGCCAUGUGGAGGUAGUUUCACUGUAACUAUAAGCUUUUUUUAAUGCCCCCUACUGGUGCCUCAAGCAAACUGCAGCAAGGGGUCUUUUCAUUGUGUCUCAAGAUGGCAAGCUCAUGAACAGGGUUUUUUGGACAUUGACUCUUUCAUGUUUGGGUUUUGACAUGUACAGCAGGACCAUGGCAGCGUAAGAUGAGACGAACUGUUCAAAAAAAGCCCUGUGGUGCUACGAGAACAUUUUAAUUAGGUUCAGUCAUUUUAAAUAGCACUUUUUUAAACAGUUUCACAGUAGUCUCUCACAGAACUGUAUAAGGAAACGUCCUGGUUUCCUCAGGAUAAGCCAGACUGUUAACUCCACCAGAGGAAGGAAGAGACUGCUAACAUAUGAGGCGCUGCUCACCCAACAUGAGCUCAUGGGCAUUUUUUUUUUUUUUUUUUAAUUUUAGAGAAACACAUUUGCUAUUCUCAAAGAACAAAGAAUCAGCCUUUAAACUCUGUCAUAUUUUGUAACGUUCCUAAAGAGAAGAUAAGCUUAAGUAACACUGAUGAAGUUAUCUAUUUAUUUUAUUUUGUGAAUUGUAUUUAUGAGUAACUGAGACAGAGAAGAGAUUCUUUGUAAAGUGUACAUACCUUUUCACUUUUUCUUUGCUGUUUUGAUCGCAUGUCUUUGUAAUAAAUCUUUAAGAUACAUUAUAAUCAUGGCAAAAAGUGUUUACCGGUUUUUACAUUUUUUUCAUGGCAAAGAUUGGAGUAAUGAUAGUAGUCAUGCAAAGGGGUGUCAAUAAUUUUUCACUGUAAUGCCAGGUUUAUACCACAGCACUGUUGAAUUCUCAGAUCUGAAGGUCUGGAUUAAUUUUCUAACACAGCAGCUUUAACAGUACUUCCGGCUGUAAUUUAAAUGACAAGUUUAUAAUUAAUGCGCUCAUUCUAAUACUUUAUCAUUUAAUGUUAUUUUAACAACUUAUUUACAGGGACUUGGUGGACGCUCCACAUAAUCAUCUUAAAAAAAAAAGUCUAAUCAUAAACAGGUUAAUAAAGCAUAACAUUUAACAAUGAAAAACCUAAUUGAUAUGGUGAAGCUUUUUGUAAGUAGAUGUUUAACAACAACGGAAGGAGUCUCCAGUGUCAGUGCUUUGUAAAGGUCAGUAGGUUUUCUGCCAUGGGAAAGCCUUCAGGACUUUGUGCUAUGCGGCUUCUCAGAAACACAAGUUGCAUUUUUUUUUUUGUCUUAUUAACUUUAAGAAAGAGGAAAAAAGAGAUGCUGAGAGGGACUGACUACUUACAGUGGUGCUUGAAAGUUUGUGAACCCUUUAGAAAUUUCUAUAUUUCUGCAUAAAUAUGACUUAAAACAUCAGAUUUUUACACAAGUCCUAAAAGUAUGUGAACCUUUGCUUUCAGUAUCUGCUGUGGCCCCUCUUGUGCAGCAAUAACUGCAACUAAACGUUUCUGGUAACUGUUGAUCAGUCCUGCACAUCAGCUUGAAGGAAUUCUAGCCCCUUCCUCAGUACAGAACAGCUUCAACUCUGGGAUGUUGGUGGGUUUCCUCAUAUGAACUGCUUGCUUCAGGUCCCUCCACGACAUUUCUACUGGAUUUAGGAUUCAGGACUUUGACCUGGCCAUUCCAAAAUAUUAGCUUUAUUCUUCUUUAACCACUCUUUGGUAGAAUGACUUGGGUGCUUAGGGUCGUUGUCUUGCUGCAUGACCCACUUUCUCUUGAGAUUCAGUUCACAGACAGAUGUCCUGACAUUUUCCUUUAGAAUUUUCUGGUAUAAUUCAGAAGUCAUAGUUCUAUCAAUGAUGGCAAACCAUCCUGGCCCAGAUGCAGCAAAGC